CUGUAUGUUGCACGAGUCCAAAAGAGGGCUGUGAAAAUAUCUACAGACCCCUCGCAUCCUGGACAUAAAUUGUUUUGAUUUCUACCCUCAAAUCGACGCUAUGGAGCACUGCACACCAGAACAACUAGACACAAGAUUAUGAAAUCUAGUUCUGUUCAAAGUUUAUCUUUCAUCGUGACCUUAAAGAUUUAAUCUCUGGCUGGUUUGCUAAAGUCACAGCAGCUGAGAAACACAUAGAGAGAAACGUCCCUGCUAUCAACAUGGUUAUUCUCAGUUGGCUGAUUGUUCUUUCCCUCCUAUUCUUCUGUUUCUGGAAGAGCCAACGUCCCAAAGGUUUCCCCCCUGGACCAUGGAGCCUCCCCCUGCUUGGGAACCUACUUCAGUUCAGUAAGAAGAAUCCCCUCAAGGACUUGGAUCAGCUAGCCCAAAAAUAUGGUCCUGUCUUCAGUCUCUACAUCGGAGGAACGUUUGCGGUCUUCACUCAUGGGUUUUCUGCAGCCAAAGAGGUCUUGGUGACAAAAGGCAUAGAAUUUGCUGGGAGGGCAGAUAAUCCAAUAGUGGACGAUAUCCUUAAGAAAAAAGGCAUAAUAUUAGCACCCUACGGCCCAGCAUGGAAAGAACAACGAAGGUUUUCACUGAUGCUUCUCAGGAACUUUGGACUGGGCAAAAAAUCAAUGCAAGAGAAGAUUUUGCAGGAGGCAACUUGUUUGAUUGAAGCAUUUGCUGAAAACUCAGAUUCACCUCUUGAUCCUCGUCCAUUUCUUGAAACUGCAGUCACCAACAUCAUGUCAUCCAUUCUGUUUGGGAAACGUUUUGAAAACGAUGACAACGUUUUGAGGACUGUGAUGGACGUGUCGCAUCAAAAUUUGAAAAUGAUGACGGGGCCCUGGGCCAUGCUUUAUAACGCCGUGCCCUUAGUGAGGAGGCUUCCCCUGCCCCAUCAGAAAAUACUGACAAACGCCCGUACAAUGUUUGAUUUGCUUGAAAAAGUGCUGGAGGAACACAAGACAAACUUGACUCCUGAAGAAAGUCAAGAUUUCAUUGAUGCAUACCUAAAAGAAAUGAAAAAGGCAGAGCAGAAAGGUUCAAGUUUUGAAGAAGAACAAUUACUAAUUUUACUGAUGGACCUCUUGACUGCUGGAUCAGAAACAACGUCUGUAUCACUUCAGUGGGCAAUGCUCUAUUUGGUAGCCUUUCCAGAUAUCCAAGAGAAAUGCCAGAAGGAAAUAGAUGCUUUUCUGGGAAGUAGUUCCAACCUGAAAUAUGAAGAUCGAGAAAAACUGCCAUACACAAAUGCCGUCAUUCAUGAAAUCCAGCGCUGUACAACUGUUGUUCCUCUCGGAGUAGCUCACACACCCAUCCAAAAUGCACAGCUUGGGGGCUAUCAAAUUCCCAAGGGCACAACCGUUUUCAUCAACCUCCAUUCUGUUCAUCACGAUGAAUCUCAGUGGAAAUUCACACACGAGUUCAACCCUUCCAACUUCCUGAAUGCAAAGGGGGAGUUUGUGAAGCCGGAAGCCUUUUUGCCAUUUUCAGCAGGACCAAGGGUUUGCUUAGGAGAAAAUCUGGCUCGGAUGGAGCUCUUCCUCUUCCUCACCAGCAUCCUGAGAAAUUUCCAGCUCUCUUGGCCAGAUAAAUUCCAGGCACCUGAUUUCACACCUAACUUGGGUGUCACACUAUUCCCUUCAAGUUUUAAAAUAUCCGUGAAAGGCCGCCAGGAGAGUGACUAGAUCAAGAGAAGGUUUCCCCAUCACUCCAGGCAAAGUCAUUCUCUCCAAAAAGAGACCGACGACACCAGAAAGAUCCAGAUGAAAUUCAUAGGCUACGUGGUUUAAAACAGUCACAUGAAGAAAAGAGUUAUAUGGCUAAUCUGAAAAAUGUAUCUUCAAUAUUAUAAAUUUGAUUUAGAAGAAAUAAUGCUGUUCUUUGGGUGUAAUCAUGGUAUAUGGGUUGGGAGACAGGAGGAAGUGCUGCAGACUAGGCAAUCGUGAUUUAAGAGGCAGAUGAACUUCCGGAACAAAUGGGGACCAAAUCUCAAAAGAGGCUCUCCCUAGUUUCUUGGAUUUUUAAACAUGAGGGGGAAGAGGUGUGCUUUCCAACUUGCAAAUUUAAUUAUUGUGAGGUACUCCAGACAAGAAGCACAAUCAGGAAUCCUGGCUGUAUCUUUAUUGUAAGAUAACCUUAAUCAAAACUUGCAAGCUGGCCUGUGUGAAUUAGCCUUUUUGCCAAGCUUCUAACAUUAUUUUUUGUCAACAGUGAAGAUCAAAGUUUCACCAAAA